AUGGAGUCGUUGUGUCAAGUGGUAGCCAAAAGCACUCCCAAAUUAAGCAAUACCCAAGACACCAAGACCACCAACGACAAGAACAACAACAGCACCACCAUCACCAGCAACAACAGCACCCCCACCAACAAUCAAAACCACAAUACAACAACCAAAAACACCCUCAACAGGAGUUACAAGUCCUCCUUAAUAAACUCAAUAAUUGACGGAGGUGGAAAUGGAGGUGGCGGAGGUGUUAACAACAGCAGCAAGCUCCACAAAGACAGUGACUGCCCAAACGACCCUCAGCAGAGACUGGCUGUGUUGUCUUUUGAGCAAGUCCGCCGAUUGAACGACGUGAUGAACGAAGUGGUGAGCAUCCACGGGAGAGGAAACUUUCCAACUCUGGAGGUUAAAUUGCGGGACCUAGUGACAGUCGUUAGGUCGAAGCUCGAAGAAGAUCCAAGCAAUGGAGGGGCUGGAAUGCGAGUUAGAGACAUCAGGCUAAAUGGUGGAGCAGCUUCCCAUGUCCUGGCCACCGAAUCCCAGCCUUACAACGACCUGGACCUGAUAUUUGCAGUGGAGCUGACCUCGCCUAGAAACUUUGACCGAGUGAAGGCUGCAGUCCUUGGCUCACUGUUUGAUCUCCUUCCUGAAGGCGUCAGUCGCAAGAGAAUCACUACUUGCAGCUUGAAGGAAGCGUAUGUCAGCAAAAUGGUGAAAGUCAAUGAUGGAGACAGGUGGUCUCUUAUUUCCCUGGGAAAUUCCCGCGGACACCGCAAUGUCGAGCUUAAAUUCGUGGACACCAUGAAGAGACAGUUCGAAUUCUCAGUUGACUCCUUUCAGAUUGUCCUGGACUCCCUGCUGCUGUUCUACGAGUGCAGCAAACUCCCAAUUGGGGAAAAUUUCUACCCUACGGUUGUUGGAGAGUCUGUUUAUGGAGACUUCCAGGAGGCGCUGUAUCACUUACAAAAAAAGUUGAUCUCCACGAGGCACCCGGAGGAAAUCAGAGGUGGAGGCCUGCUGAAGUACUGUAAUCUUCUAGUGAAGAUGUAUAAACCGGCGCAGCCUGAUUACAUUAAGACUUUAGAGAGAUACAUGUGCUCGAGAUUUUUCAUUGAUUUUCCAGACAUCAAUCAGCAGCAAGCCAAGCUGGAGAACUACUUGUGGAACCAUUUUGUUGGUCCCGAAGAAGAGGCUCUUAAGUAUCAGUACCUGAUGCUUCUGCAGAGUGUCGUUGAAGAGUCAACUGUUUGUCUGAUGGGUCAUGAGAGAAGGCAGACCUUGGCGCUGAUCGAGAACCUGGCCUUCCAAGUCCUUUAUCAGGAGCAGCAGCGGCUAAAUAGUCAGCAGUCCGCGGUCGCUGUUGCAGCUGCUGCUAAUGGACAGCCUGCUUAUGUUUACACCAACACUGGGUUCUACUACCCCGUGAUACCGACCGCUUGUUACACGUGUACUUGUAAUUCGUGGAUGGCUUGUUCUUCGUGA